UGUCAGACCUACAAUUAAAGAGAGAGCCGACUCCGCCUGAUAUCAAAGUUCAAAGAUCAUCCUCUAGCGUUGGGACUGUCAUUUAGCAAAAUAAAGGCCUCAACACUAAUCUUGGGACUUUGACAAGAGAGUCAAUAAGAGCAUCAGGAACCAAAUUCAACCACAGACUAUCAAAGAAUUCAGAUGAGCUCUUUCCAUCAACAUCACAUGAAGAACUCCUCGGAGACGAGCCGGAAAGAGAAUACAUCUUGGCCUGAUGCUGGUAGGAAAGGAGCUUCUGUGACUAAUAAUGGUUGUACUUAUGCGACUUGUUCAUCUGAUGGGAAGCUAAGGAUUUAUGAAGCACCUGAUGUCAUGAACCUAUCGCAAUGGCUGUUAAUGCAUGUUUUAAGUUGUAAGAUCGGUAUGAGUUGUCUCUCAUGGAAUCUGUCAAGGAAAUGGGUUAAUAUUCACAGCAUACAUGUAGUUGAAGUUGUAUUUGAGCCUGUUCACAACUUUGCCUUUGCGCCGAGCCUAGGAAGAACUCAUCACAUAUUAGCGAUUGCUUCAAAAGACAUUGUUAUUAUACACCUGGUACCUGAGGGUACUGAUUCCUCUGGUCACGCUAAACUAGAGGUAAGGACCCCAGCGCAGUUAGAUCAUAAAGGCAGUCAAGUCUUGAGGUAUAUCCGCUAGCUCUGAUAGGUAGACAGAAAAGCUCAUUAAAGCUGGAGUGUUUCACACUCUUACUCCUUUAACCCAACAUUAUGGACUCCUGGGAGUAAGUUUAUGAGGAGGGGAACUAGUGUGUGCUAAAGCAGAGGAGGACCAAAAUGAUUGGAUUUAUUAUUAUUAUUAUUAUUAUUAUUAUUA